AAUGCGGAUUGUCACGUUCAAAUGUGUCGUAUGUGCUAGUUUAUCAAUGAAUAGUUCUAUUAUUUGUUGCAUGCUGAGAACCACUGACGUUUCAUAUAAUUUAUGCCAAGGCGGAGACGUGCGCUCCGUAGGUGUGUAAUGUGGUUCAAUUUGGAGACUUCCUCGAUCGUCACUCGAGGAUAUAUAGAGAUCGUUCAUGAAAUCUAUGUUCGGGGUAGUAGUAGUGGGCUGAACGACUUAUUAACGUCACGAGUGUCACGAAAACGAUUCCACAACGGGAGUGCCGGUGCAUGAGUGUUUAGUGAUCAAUGAACUCUGCGUUGCUGUAUAUUGGGGCGUGCUGCCACUGGUCUUAUUAAGCCGGUAGAUAUGACAAUGUAAUAGUGAAUUAUAAAUCAAAUUUUCCAUAAGAAAAUAAGUUAUAGAUGGUCAUUCUACGAUUCACAGUAGAUGACUAAAGAUGAAUGAUAUAGAAAGCAUAAGCAUGAAAGGCAGUGGAGGACCUAAGAUGCCUCAUAGUCAUUCGACUCCGGCAGGUGUGGAUGGAGGUAGUAGAACUCCUCCCACAACACCCAGAAAAGCUGGUAAAAUGCUUGCUGUUCGUGUACAGAUGUUGGAUGAUACGAUUACAAUGUUUCAAGUUCAGGCUAAAGCUUUAGGCAGAGUGUUAUUUGAUCAAGUUUGUAAACAGCUACAUCUUUUGGAAGCUGAUUAUUUUGGUUUGGAGUAUCAGGAACAACGUAAUGGAACAAAAUAUUGGUUAGAUUUAGAGAAGCCAGUUUGUAGACAAGUUGGAUUAUCACUGAUAGACCCUUUAUUGAAAUUCUGUGUUAAAUUUUAUACCCCUGAUCCAGCACAAUUGGAAGAAGAGUUUACAAGAUAUUUAUUUUGCCUUCAAAUCAAACGUGAUUUAGCUCAAGGUUUAUUACAAUGCAAUGAUAAUACAGCAGCUUUGAUGGCGAGUUAUAUUGUUCAGGCCGAAUGUGGGGAUUAUGUGAUAGAGGAUUAUCCAGAUCAUACGUAUUUAUCAACUUACAAAUUUGUGCCUCGCCAAGAUCAGGAAUUAGAACGCCGUAUUAUGGAAAAUCAUAAGAAGCACGCGGGGCAAUCGCCGGCAGAAGCAGACCUGAAUCUGUUAGAAACAGCACGUCGUUGUGAAUUAUACGGAAUGAAAAUGCAUCCGGCUAAAGAUCACGAGGAUGUACCAUUGAAUUUGGCAGUGGCACAUAUGGGGAUAGUAGUUUUCCAAAAUUUUACCAAAAUAAACACAUUCAGUUGGGCUAAAAUCAGGAAAAUCAGUUUUAAAAGGAAACGAUUUUUAAUUAAACUCCAUCCAGAGGGUUAUGGCUAUUACAAGGAUACCGUGGAGUUCUUUUUCGAAGGUCGCAACGAGUGUAAAAAUUUUUGGAAAAAGUGCGUAGAGAAUCAUGGAUUUUUCCGUUGUUCGGUGGUUAAACGAGUGGUACGGCAGAAAACGCGUGUUCUCAGUCGUGGUUCGUCAUUUAGGUAUAGCGGGAAAACUCAGAAGCAAAUCGUAGAAUUUGUACGGGACAAUUACGUGAAGAGGCAGACGUUUCAAAGGUCCAAUUCGUUCCGGCAGACUAGCGGUGGUAGGGCAUUGCAGGGCUUGGAGGGGGGAGGUUAUCGUGGGGCCACACCAAGCAGCUCCCUUAUGGGCAGCUCCAGCAUCUCUGCCCACCCCCUCCUGCCCCUCGGCGAUCCUGCCCUGGAAACCCCAGCUCUGUCUCUAUCAUGCGGCUCGAUGACACUGGAUUCUCCGACGACUGUGACGAGUGUCUCGAUGGGAGGGACGAUUCACCGUCGCGAAGACACAGCUACGUCGUUUCGGACACUUACCUCCAUCGACGUCCAUUCCCCGGCCACCCCCAGCCAGGUCCCAGCACCGCGGCAGAUGCUUGUUGCCAGCCAGCAACGGAUUUCAUCAGCAGAUACCGAGACUGAUAAGCAGGCGACGCCCAAGAAACAGGAAAACAAUAAUUCCGUCUUCGCAAAUAAAAAAUCCCCUGAGAAACGUACGAAUGGUAUGGUGGAGACCAGCAACGCGAGCAUGGUCAAUACUCCGGACCUGAGCCCCGUGAAAAAUAUACGAAACGGAGAGGUCGAGGAUUCCGAGGUUCGGAAAACCAAGAGAUGGCCGACCGACAAGGCGUAUUACAUAGCAAAAGAACUUCUUAUGACCGAACGAACGUACAAAAAGGAUCUCGAUGUGAUAAACGUGUGGUUCAGGGAGGAAGUAUCUCGAGAGGCAGAAUUAGAGGGUGAAGCGGUUGUUUCGCUGAUCGAGCUUUUAGCGGACGUUCACGGACCCUGCCUUCAAGAGAUGGAGGCAAGAUUGGAACGGUGGGAAAGUAACGCACGGCACAACAUCGGCGAUUUUCUUUACAACACAUUGUUGAACGUACUGCCGCUUUACGAUCAAUAUCUCGAGAAUCUAAUACCCGUCCUCGAGAAGAUGGAAUAUUACACGAGGACGUCACGUCGUUUUGAUCAGCUGUGCCGAGAUUUCGAAGCGCAAAAGCAUUGUUAUCUACCGUUAACCUCGUUUCUCUUAAAACCGUUGCAACGGUUGUUGCAUUACAACAGUAUUAUCGAUAUGUUAUUAGAUCACUAUCCAAAAGAUCACACGGAUUUUGAAGAUUGUUUGGCGGCAAGAGAUCGAUUAGGUGAAACGUUGCUCGAAGGUCUUAGUAUAAUUAAUCAAGCGGAGAACCUGGUUCAGCUUUGCGAAAUGCAAAGGGACAUCAGUGGCUUCGAUAAUUUGGUUCAAGAAGGUCGUAGAUUUAUUAGGCAAGGCUGUUUGCAAAAGUAUAGUCGUAAAGGUUUUCAGCAAAGAAUGUUUUUCCUCUUUUCCGACAUAUUAUUAUACACGUUCUGCACUCAACAACCGACUCAAUGUUUUCGCGUACAUGGUCAACUUCCGCUGAAAGGAAUGAAAAUCCGAGAAAACGACAACAAAACUGGAUCGGAAUUUGCGUUCGUAAUCGUCGCACAAGGAAAUCAGUCUUUGACAGUUGCUGCCAGUAACGAAGAGGAAAAGGAGAGAUGGCUAGAAGAUUUGAACAUGACCAUCGCGCAAGCUGACACAGAUCCAAAAAUGCCGUACUUGAAUUUAAAGUCUUGUAGUUCAACCGAUGAAAUGGGCGACGGUGUCGGAUUAGAAGCGGACAGAGCAAGUUGCGGAGGUGCGAAAGCUUCUCAACGAAGCAACACGACUGUACAUGUUUGUUGGCAUCGAAACACGAGUAUCAGUUACAGUGAUCAGCUGCGAGCAUUUCAAAAUCAACUCAGUGGAUUCCUGUUACGAAAAUUCAAAAAUAGUAAUGGUUGGCAAAAGCUUUGGGUCGUCUUUACCAACUUUUGUUUAUUCUUCUAUAAAUCACAUCGAGACGACUUCCCAUUGGCUAGCUUGCCAUUGUUAGGGUACACUGUGACUACUCCGUCAGAAAAGGAUGGCAUCAAUAAAGAUUUCGUAUUUAAAUUACAAUUUAAGAAUCAUGUCUAUUUCUUCCGUGCUGAAAGCGACUACACGUUUGGACGGUGGGUGGAGGUAAUUCGAAGCGCCACCCAACAGAAUUAUGUAUCAGGAAAGACAAUUUGCAGUAAAAAUAUAUAAAUUUUGCGGCCUUAUUCCAGGACUGAGAUCAAAUUUAUACGAUUAAAAUAGUAAUCGACAAUCAAAUCAAAAUUAUAUAUAUCAAAAGAAGAUGUAAAGACUGUAAAGAGAACGAAGCAAAACGUUCUACGUAGGGGAAGCAUUUCGUGCUAAUCUCCCAGUCUGGUUAUUCGAAGAAUCUUCAAUGUUAAAAUACAUCGCAGUUUUAUCAUUUUCCUUGUACUGUGACGACUGACGCGUACUUGAAAAUACGCUUGACGGGGGUGAUAAUUGGAAUGUAAAUAUAAUUAUUUAGAUCUAAGCGGAUCGCAUUUGUUUGGAAUUUAUAUGAAUCUGAUAUACGAAUUUAAAUGUAUUCGGGUUGCCGAUAAGAAUUUGUUGUCCAUCAGUGAAGCGGCAAAGCUUCGAUAUCGUUGUUGAAAAAUUUAGAAAUUAGCGUAAACCUUGGACCAAUUUUAUAAUAGAAUUUCUUUAGCCAUUCGUAUUUAAAAAAAAAGACAAUAAUUUUGUUAGCAUACUAGAUCUUUUUUCUCUGUUAUUAAAUUAAUAUUACGAGCAAAUAUAAAGGAGUUAUUUCUGACCAUUAUUAAAAAUUGUAUGAUUUCGAGAUUCUUUAUUACUACAUAUCGCCGUAGCUCUUUCGAAGUAAUACACGAUUCGAUUAUACAAAGACUGGCUAUGCGAAUUUAUUUGACAAAAAGAUACGUAUGCAUCACGUGUGUUACAUUUGUAAUGAAUGCAUGUCUUUGAGAAGAAAGAAUUACGCAAUAAUACGAAUAGAACAUAUCCACGCGAACGUGACUCGUUCACGUGAAAAAGAAAAAUCCGUAACUUAAUGGUUAUCUGUUUUUUAGUUACUACAAUUGUUUUGUUAUAUUGUAGAAU